CAAAUCCCAGGGAAAACGCGAGCUCCUGAACGCUGAUUGGUUCGUCCCAGCCUGCUAAAGCGGAAGUGUCUCAUGUUGUGAUGUGGACAAAAUGAUCGGGGAUUUAUUGUUGUUCGGGACAUUGUUGGCGAACGCCGGAGCCGUGCUCAAUUUUAAACUAAAGAGAAAGGAGACCCAAGGAUUUGGAGAUGAGUCUGGUGCACCAACUACAGGGGACAACAUCCGGGAGUUCCUGCUCAGCCUCCGCUACUUCCGCAUCUUCAUUGCUCUGUGGAACAUCUUUAUGAUGUUCUGCAUGAUUGUAUUGUUUGGUUCCUGAAGGCAACAUAAUGUGGUUUCUCCUUGUACAUGUGCAGCCCUUCCACAAACCACUGUACAGAAACAAUAACCCACUGUAUUUAUUGUAAUCUACCAUUAUAGACUCUUGCAGUUUUCCAUACUUAUCCCUGUUAAUACCCCUUUGUGUAGUUUGGACCAGUGUGACAUGGAUCAUGGGUGAUUUCAGAUUAUUAUUAUUUUUUUAAAUAUAAAAUGAAAGUCACAUUCUGUCAA